CAAACAAUUUCCCAACUCUACACACUGGCAUAAGCAAGAAGACUCGUAGUCCCGCCAGAUCUCGAUACCACUCACCACAUCCUCCACGUCGAACGAGCAGUCAAAAUGGGCAACGGAGCCAAGGCACAGCAAAAGCGUGAGCGCAACGCCAAAGACACCAGCAACAAGGGUUCGCAGUUGAAGAGCAACGCUGCUGCCAAGACGAUCAAGUGCAAAGUGUGCUUCGCCGACUUCCAGAGCACCACGAAGCAACCCGCCCUCGCUGAACACGCCAGCAAUAAGCACAACAAGAAGUACGAGGAUUGCUUCGCAGCAUGAGCCCGGUAGUACGUGGUAAAGAUGAGUUUGAUAAUAAAGGAGUAACAUGGCGCUGAGGCAUAUACCCAAACGUGGGAGACACGAUAGAGGAUGAAUUCAAAGGUAGCGUUCACGCGGGUUUGCAAGAGAGCGCUGUGUACUUCCAAGGCGCCGCUGCAUGUCAGUAGGGAGUGGAGGUGUGCUAUUUCGCGAGCACAAUAAUGCUCUCACCCCCUCUACUACUACGCGAGGCACAGAGUUCUGUGCAGGUGGACGAUGACACCACACUGCCCGCGCUACCACGCACUGAAAUCGCCAAAUCCGCCGCCCUUCUUCGCCUUCUUGGUCGGAGGUGCCAUCUCGGACUCGUC